CAGACUUUUGCGGCAGUGCGUAGCGAACGUAACGAGCGGCGCUUGAACGCAGCAUGUCUCCAGCUUCCUCACGCGCAGAGACACGCAGCGAGCGGACACGGUGUGGACAAAGUACCGCGGGCUGAGAGGCUGUUUUCAGCGGUAUCACUUAACCGACAAGCCGCGAAGGACGUGAUGUCCCGGGGGUAGCGCUUUCCGUCAGACCGGAGGAUGUGACGGCUGAGAUGUUAGGACUGCACGAGGCGGUCUGACUCCGGCUUGAAUACAAACGGAACCGCCGAAAAGAAGAAGAAGAAGAAGACGAAGAAGAAGCAGAGACGAUGGUGGGGAGAGAAGCAGUAUUAGCAGCAGCAGGAGCAGCUGGAGGGGGAGCGGAUUUCAUAUCAAGUAGAGCUUGUGUUUUUUGAAACCAGCAUAAACUUUAAACGAGGGGUUAUGCAAGAAAAUCCUCCAGCAUGUCGGAUCCGAUUCACUGGUCUGCGGUGCCGAGCCAGAGCAAGUCCCCUUUUGUUUCGGUGUCUCUACUGAAGCGCUCAAAGAGCUGUCGCAGCAGCAACAGGAAGAGCCUCGGUGUCGGGACGCCGUCGCCUACGCUUUCCCGGCCGCUCUCCCCACUUUCACUCCAAACUGCCACCAGCAGUCCUUUAGACAGUCCACGAAAUGUGUCGACCAGUGCCUUCCUCAACUUUCCAUUUGCCCGAAGCCACUUGGCUCGCGCGGACAGAGCCGAGGGCCGACGAUGGUCCCUGGCGUCCCUCCCUUCGUCUGGCUAUGGAACCAAUCCGCCGAGCUCCACCGUCUCGUCCUCCUCCUCGUCCCAGGAGCGUCUCCACCAGCUUCCCUAUCAGCCGACACAAGACGAGCCUCACUUCAUCUUCAAGCACUUCCGCAGCACAGACAGCAUAACAGACGAGGACGGACGGCCCUCGCCGGUGGUACGACCGCGGUCUCGGAGCCUCAGCCCGGGCCGAUCAAGUGUUUCCUUCGAUAAUGAGAUAGUCAUGAUGAACCAUGUUUACAGAGAACGUUUUCCAAAGGCCACAGCCCAGAUGGAGGAGCGCUUGUUGGAGAUUGUCACACAUUACUCUCCAGACAGCUCCCUCCGGCUGGCUGACGGGGUGUUGGGCUUCAUCCAGCACCAGUUGGUGGAGCUGGUCAGAGACUGUCUGGAUAAGUCCCAGAACGGCCUGGUUACCUCUCGUUACUUUGUUGAGCUGCAGGAGAAGCUAGACAAGCUGCUACACGAGGCCUAUGAGCGCUCUGAAAGUGAAGAGGUAACCGUCAUCACCCACCUAGUCAGAAAGAUCCUCAUCAUAAUCUCUCGACCAGCUCGGCUCCUCGAAUGUCUGGAGUUUGAUCCAGAAGAGUUUUACCACCUACUCGAAGCGGCAGAAGGCCACGCCAAAGUCGGCCAGGGAAUCAAGACGGACAUCCCGCGGUACAUCAUCAGCCAGCUGGGCCUCACACGCGACCCGUUAGAAGACAUGGUACAGCUUGAACAGUAUGAUGCCAGUCCCUCACCCUCAGCGUCAGUGGAAGCAGAUGCUACUGUGGAGCCACAGAAUAAGAGCCCACAGACGCUGACUCCAACUCGAAGGAAACCUCUUGAGAGUGAUUUUGAGACCAUCAAACUCAUAAGUAAUGGAGCUUACGGGGCGGUGUAUCUGGUUCGCCACAAGGAGACCCGUCAGCGCUUUGCCAUGAAAAAGAUAAACCGUCAGAACCUGGUGCUGAGGAACCAGAUCCAGCAGGCUUUUGUGGAGCGGGACAUCCUAACUUUUGCUGAGAACCCCUUCGUUGUCUCCAUGUUCUGCUCGUUUGAGACACGACGUCACCUCUGCAUGGUCAUGGAGUAUGUAGAAGGUGGAGAUUGUGCCAACCUGCUGAAAAACAUGGGCCCACUGCCUGUGGAAAUGUCCAGGAUGUAUUUUGCCGAGACAGUCCUGGCUCUGGAGUACCUUCACAACUACGGCAUUGUGCAUCGGGAUCUUAAACCUGACAAUUUGUUGAUUACGUCUAUGGGCCACAUCAAGCUGACUGACUUUGGUCUCUCUAAAAUCGGCCUGAUGAACAUGACGACCAACCUGUAUGAAGGUCACAUAGAGAAAGACACAAGAGAGUUUGUUGAUAAGCAGGUGUGUGGGACUCCGGAGUACAUUGCCCCAGAGGUGAUCCUCAGACAGGGCUACGGGAAGCCAGUGGACUGGUGGGCGAUGGGGAUCAUCCUGUAUGAAUUCCUGGUCGGCUGCGUCCCGUUUUUUGGAGACACUCCCGAAGAGCUUUUUGGACAAGUUGUCAGUGAUGAAAUCAUUUGGCCUGAAGGAGAGGAUGCCUUACCUGUUGAUGCACAGGAUUUGAUCACCCGCCUGCUAAGGCAGAACCCUUUGGACCGGCUGGGAACAGGUGGAGCCUCAGAGGUGAAGCAGCACCCCUUCUUCUUGGGGCUGGACUGGAACGGACUCCUCCGACAGAAAGCCGAGUUCAUCCCUCAGCUGGAGGCGGAGGAUGAUACCAGCUACUUUGACACUCGUUUGGAUCGCUAUCAUCAUUUGGCCUCUGACGAGGACGACGAAACAAACGAUGAAGAGUCUUCCUUGGAAAUCCGACAGUUUGCUUCCUGGUCUCAUCGCUUCAGCAAGGUUUACAGCAGCACAGAACACCUGGCAACACCGUCCAACCUGAGUUUCUCCUCCGACCGCAGCCACAGCGAGGACAAAGAGGACCACGGGGACGCAGCAGGGCUCGGGGCCUCACCAAGCCCAGCAGAUGGCAGUGCUGAGCACAGGCAGUCUGGACGCAUGGCCAGCCUUCGCCCCCGGGCCUCCUCCAGUUCCUCCCAGUCUGACAGAAGCACCAGUCCUCUGGUAAUGAGCAGCACUCACAGCCUGGAGACGAUGCCCCGGUUUGCCCUCUCCACUGAUGAUGAAGCAGAGGUGGUGGUGUCAAAUCUUCGGCGGAUCAGGAUUCGCAGCAACAGUACCGGCGGGAAGCAGUCAUCCCCUAAGGACACAGCAGGCCCUCGGCGCUUCGGUAACCAGCUGGAGACGCCAGACAGGCAGAGGGUUCCCUGCGGAGGAAAGGUUCCCAAGUCUGCCUCUGUCUCAGCCCUGUCUCUCAUCAUCACUACAGACGAUUCACCCAGUGGCCUCCACCCUGGUCCCAUCUCCCCACGCUCACUGUCUUCCAACCCCUCAUCCCGCGACUCGUCCCCUAACCGGGAUCUGUCAUUCAGCCCCAGCAGCCUGAGGCCACCAAUCAUCAUCCACACCUCAGGGAAGAAGUACGGCUUCACCCUGCAGGCCAUCCGUGUGUACAUGGGCGACAGCGACGUCUACACGGUGCAUCACAUGGUGUCGAGUGUGGAGGAGGGCAGCCCGGCUCACCAGGCAGGCCUCUGCACUGGAGACCUCAUCACCCACGUGAACGGAGAGUCCGUCCAAGGCCUGGUUCACACAGAGAUGAUCGAACUACUGCUGAAGAGCGGCAACAAGGUGGCCCUUCAGACCAUAGCGCUCGAGAACACUUCUAUUAAAGUCGGUCCUGCACGAAAGACCAAACACAAAGGGAAGAUGGCUCGCCGCAGCAAGAAGAGCAAGAGGAGAGAUAAUUAUGACAGGCGACGGACCAUCUUUAAGAAGCUGUCCAAGCAGAGCACAGUGAUGCACUGCAGUCGCAGCUUCUCCUCAGGUCUUCAUCACUCAGUUUCCUCCAGUGAGAGUCUUCCAGGCUCCCCGACUCACAGCCUCUCCCCGGGGCCUUCCACACCCUGCCGGAGCCCUGCACCUGACCAUCAGGGCCAUGAGAAUAACUCACCACAGAGUACAUCGCCUUGCUCCAGCUCCCCCAGCUCCCCCGCCACACACAGCCGGCCCAUCACACUCGGCCUGGGCUCUAAACUCAGCCCGCAACGCUACAGCAAAGUGGGCCGCCGCAAAUCCACCAGCAACAUCCCCCCCUCGCCUCUGGCCUGCAGCAGCUCCUCAUCCUCCAAUCAGCCGCUUUCCCCACAGCGCUCACCCUCUCCUCUGCCAGGCUUCGCCAAAAACCUUCACACGUACCACGGAAAAACCCUGUCUCCCCCCACCAUCGUUAGGCAUGUCGUCCGGCCGCGCAGUGCAGAGCCGCCUCGUUCACCCUUGCUUAAGAGGGUGCAGUCAGCGGAGAAACUGUCUGGAGUAUAUCACGCUGACAAGAAGUCAAAAGCCCCCCGCAGGCACACGCUGGAAGUGCCGUUUUACGGUGAGGCUGACCUGUUGGGCGACUCAGAGGUGGAUGCAACCUGUGGCAUCGCUUACAUUGGGGUCGACCACAGCAGACUUGGGCCGUACAUUAGCAGCCAAAGGAUUGAGCGAUCAGAGCAGCUGGUCGUGAUGCGGAAGCUGAACCUGUCAGAGCGGAGAGACUCCUUUAAGAAGCAGGAGGCAGUGCAGGAAGUGAGCUUCGACGAGCCAGAGGAGAAAAGCAACAGUAACGCGGCGGGGAGCAGCACACCUCCAGGGGCUCAAACGCAGCAGCAGCACAGGACGGCCUGGACUGUGACUCGACCCCAAUCCAGCCAGGACAUCGAGAUGGAUGUCCCCGUGGUGAGGAGGUUCACGCUUGUGCCGCAGAUAGCUGUGCAGGGCUCAACGGAGAGCGAGGAGCAAGACGAGUGGGAGCCAUGUUCAGACGGAGAGGACUCUGGUGAGAAGCCCGAGGUGGAGGUGGACAUCACAGCAUCUCCACAGGAACAAACAGGAUGUCUUCUCACCAACAUGAGCUGCAGGCAGGGAGCAGAAACCACUUCCACGGGUCCUCAAAUUGCACAAGAGAAGACACCAGAGUGCAGAGAGCAAACACAAAAAGGGCACCUGAGAAAGUGACAGCUCACCGUUGUACUCAUAUAACCUGCUCAUGUCUUUCAAGGGUGACGAAGAUGUUAAGUCAUUCCCAAACUUGUUGGGCUGAAAGAGAGGGAGAAACUUUUACUUGAAUUUUGUUUUGUAAAAAAAAAACUGUUGCCUUCAGGCAUCGCCGACCUUUCUGGUCUUAUUUAUUACAUUUGAUGAUGCGUUUGUAACAGGGGAAAAGAAAGAAGUUCUCAUGGGUUGACCAGCCAAGGCUCAACAUUUUUGUAUCCAUAUAAUGUGGUUUUAUGUCUUCUGAAUGGAUUAUUUUCUAAAAAAAACCCAAAAGUUGUCUAUUUUUUAAAUAAAUUCUGGUACAGAGUAGAAGAGUUAAUGCUGCGUAAAACUGUUGGACCAAAAGGUACGAGGAGUCAAGGAUGCUUUUUUUCUUUCUUCAGUGUCUGUGUGUGUUUGUAGUACUGCUGUAGAUCUUCCUGAACCUAAAAACGAUCUCUGGUUCGCACUGUGAGCAACAUGACUGACACGUCAUUGGAUCUAUCUCUGCAGCUGAUGGCUACAGUACUGCAUGGAUUUGUAUUGAUGCAUCCUUUAGAAGGAGUAAAACAGAAGCUACUAAGCUCAAACUGGAAUGCAGGGGGGAAAAACAGAACUGUUAUUAAUGAAACAGUGGUGUAAAAGAAGAGGCUCUGAAGAUGAGAUGUUUGGUCCAUGUUUCCUUGAUGGCUUUGUGUACUUCAUGUACUUUAAUCUUGCACAGCUUGUUGUGUUGGUCAUGUUCCUCACAGUGUGAAUUCACGGGAACGGCAUUGUUUUUUUGUUUUUUUUUAUUCUUGCGGAGAAUAAUGUUGCAAACGCGCUGAGACACUACCCACAUUUGUCUUCUCUUAUGAAGAUAUGGAGCCGAAGGGUUUUUAUGUGCCAUGGCAUCUUGUGCAAUGUCCUCAAAGCCAUAUCGUUGAAGGCAGAUGUUACUUGUAAUUUUCAGUCAAUAUGAAGAUUUGUUUGGGGUUUUCGUUUGUUCGUUUCCACUGUUAUCGUGGAAAAAGACGCCGAGCCUGAAGCUCCGGAUGAUCCGCGUCCACCUUUUUCUGUGCUGUGAGUUUAUCAGUCGAACUCUUUGAUUGGGCGCGUUCAUCUCACAGCACGCCGUUUUACUUCAGAAAAUGAAAGGGAUCGUUUAAAACGCUUAUUUUAUUAGAUUUUCUUUUUUGGGGAGGGUUUCCUUACUCUGACAAGACGUUGGAGUUCUGAAGUUUUGCAAACACAAGUACGUACAAGUGCGUUAUGGGGUUUUUUUUCGUUCUUUUUCCAGAAGCUGUAGCGUUUUUCCAUUUUAAUCAUUAUUUUUUUUCCCACACGUGCAUGUGAAAGAGACCAUCCAUAAACGCCCUGGUCCUACUUCAUGUGCUGUGCAGUGCUGUUUACAUCCAAAGGGGAAAAGUGCACUAAUGACAUUUAGACAUAAGUUUUUGUAAGCGAAUGUGAAAGGUAAACUGAGAGAAACAUAUUUACAGUGAAAUCAGGGCUUCUUUGAACAAGUGUUUUUAGUUUUUUGUCUUUGUAUUGUACAAAUGUCGAUGUAUAUUUUGGUAACAAGAGUGUGUAUAAUUCCAAGUGUACUGAAGGACAUAAUAUGCACGAAGACAAUUUCUGGCAAGGGAGUUUUUGGGAAUUCUGACUUUUAAAUUCAGGCAGUAUUUGACAGCUGCACAGACUGGCUGCUCAUCACAUUUUCUCCACAACAGACAUGACGUUUGGAGAGUUGUCGUCUUCUUUGUAAGUGGCUGUUCCUGGCUUUUGUACUGACUUUACUCUGAGUCUUCUCUUUCUAAACAGCUGUUGUGUUACUUCAACCCCUCUUCUUCCUUAAAAACGAUAGAAGGAAAAAAAAAACCUUAAAUCUUGUGAUGAAAACCUUACGGGAUGCUGUUGUUGUGUUAGUGACGCAAACAGAUGGACCACUCAGUUAUUUUUGCAGUCUGACAGAAUUGUUUACAAUGAACAAACAUGCUGUGUACUGUAUAAACAUUUUCUAUCCUGUGGCUGUACACGAUGAAACUAUCCUCUUUGAUACUAGCAAAGGAAACGACAUUCAUAGAAGCUGCAUAUCCGUUUGAUUUUUAUGCUUUGUUUUAAAGACUGUUCUUGAAGAGUAGUUUGGCACAAGCUCAGAAGGAUUUUUGAUAUUUGCAUGUACCUGCGUAACAACAUCAUUGGGACUUUCUUGUUGUUCAGACUUCAAAAGGAAGCUUUAAAGAUUAAUUAAUUGGAAGAGGGAAAAAAGGGAUGGAUGGAAACAUGCAUAUUUGUUCUUAUGUGCAUGAGAAAAAUGCCAAAAGUAAAAGUGAUAAAAGAUGAGUAAUAAAGUAUAGAUUUACACUAGAGGUUUCUUUUUGCAUACAGGAAAAGCCAAUUUAACAAUGUAAACAUGAUGAGGGAUAAUGUUUUGGUUGCUUUUUAAUAACCUUGUAUGUGUUAAAAAAAAUGCUUUGCUGAAGUCCACCACAGGGAUUUUUCAGCCUCUGUUGAGCGUACUCUUAAAGAACAAGUUUGGCAGGUCAAAGUGUCGUACAAGUGCAUUUGUUCUCCUGUGGACUCUUCUGUCCAGUGCAUGCUGCAUGAGACAAGCACACAGCUGUAAUACUUGACUGCAUGGUAUACCGGCGAUGUCGCCCUCUACUGUGUUUUCUUGUGCAACAAAUAAACUUUGUAUUUCCCUUUGA